AUGGAAGGCCAAGGCGAAAAUGACGAGCUCUACCCCAUUGCGGUCUUGAUCGAUGAACUAAAGCAUGACGAUGUGAUCCUUCGUCUAAACGCCAUCCAUCGACUCUCAACAAUUGCUCUUGCCCUAGGACCAGAGAGAACGCGAGAUGAGCUGGUUCCGUUCCUUGAUGACUCGGUGGAGGAUGAAGAUGAAGUCCUGACCGCUUUAAGCGAGGAACUGGGGAACUUUGUGGAAUACGUUGGUGGACCAGAAUACGCACACGUCCUCCUCUCCCCCCUGGAACAUUUGGCCGCCAUAGAGGAGCCAUUGGCUGUAGAGUCCCUCAACAAGAUCUGCGAACAGCUCUCUCCCAGACAGAUCGAAGACAACUUUAUACCCUUGACGGUUCGCCUGUCGAAAGCGGAUUGGUUCACCUCGAAGAUAUCCGCAGCUGGUCUCUACUGCACGCCGUAUAGAACUGCAUCUCCGGCCUUGCAGCAAGGGCUAAGACAGCAGUUUGGACAGCUAGUUCACGAUGACACGCCCAUGGUCAGACGGCAGGCGGCCAACAACCUAGCGAAGUUUGUUAAGGAGAUGGAUUCCCAAGUUAUCAUAGUCGAGAUGGUUCCUUUAUUCCAAAACUUGGCCAACGACGACCAGGACAGCGUCCGCCUCUUAACUGUCGAGAUAUUGAUCUCCAUCGCAGAGGAGAUUCCCAAGGAACAGCAGUCGAGCCACGGAGUCCUCCUCACCGCCCUACGAAAUCUGUUCGAAGACAAGAGCUGGAGAGUAAGAUAUAUGGUUGCAGACAAGUUCGAAAAGAUUGCGAAAGCUGUUGAUGAAGAAGUUGUCAACCGCGAUUUAGUCCCAGCCUUCGUCAAACUCCUCAAGGAUACCGAGGCUGAGGUCCGCACAGCUAUUGCUGGACAGAUUCCAGGAUUCUGCCGCCUUCUUGACAGAGAAACGCUUUUAAACGAGAUUAUGACAAGCAUCGAAGACCUCGUAUCAGAUCCCUCCCAGCAUGUAAGAGCUGCACUAGGCAUGCAGAUCAGCGGGCUAGCUCCCAUCCUAGGCAAAGAAGAGACGAUUUCACAUCUCCUUCCCAUGUUCUUACAGAUGUUGAAGGAUGAGUUCCCCGAUGUUCGAUUGCAUAUAAUCUCUAAACUGGAGUUAGUGAAUAAAGUUAUUGGAAUCGAUCUGCUAUCUCAAUCCCUACUCCCGGCGAUUGUGCAACUUGCAGAAGACAAGCAAUGGCGUGUUCGUCUCGCCAUCAUCGAGUACAUUCCACUCCUUGCUAGCCAAUUGGGUGUCAAGUUCUUUGACGAGCAACUCAACAGCCUAUGCCUAGGUUGGCUCGGAGAUGCUGUGUUCUCAAUCAGAGAAGCGGCCACCCAAAACCUCAAGAAGUUAACGGAAGUAUUUGGAGUUGAAUGGGCGAAUGGUUCAAUAAUUCCCAAAGUCACCGCCAUGGGCCAACAUCCCAACUACCUCUACAGAAUGACGACUUGCUUCGCCAUCACCACACUUGCACCCGUCAUCAACCUGAAAAUGAUUGAAACUUCCAUCCUCCCAAUUUUGGAUAGGCUCGUGACGGACGACAUCCCCAACAUCCGAUUCAAUGUUGCGAAAUCAUACUCCGUCAUAAUAGAUACCCUGCGAAAAUUACCCGAGGAAGGCACAGUCACUGAAAUUGAUAAAUCAGAACAGGCUCCCACCCCCUCUCCCCGUGGCCAAGCUAUCAUCCAGCAACAGAUCCUUCCAAAUCUCGAAAAGCUACAACAAGACGACGACGUUGAUGUCCGGUAUUUUGCAACCACUGCUGCUGGAAGUUACGGUGAAGUAAUGCAAACAUCUCCUUAA